CUGUACGGGAUUUGAGGUUAGGAAAGGGUAUUUUGCUGUUUGUCAGUCAUUUAUUUGCAGUGAAAUGAAUCUUUGAAGUGAUACGUAGUAUUCAUGAUUACCAAAAAAUGCUCGUUGAAUACUGUUUUGAAAAGAUACAACAUAGAGCAUAGAAAUGCGAAAAGUUGUAAAUUUAAAGUGGAAAAUGUUAUUUCUAACCUGUGUACACAAGUGUAGUAUUUCACUGGUUAGGUUGCAGGGAAGAUAUUUCUUGGGACCUGCCAGUCUCUUAGAUUAUGGUUUGGCUAAUGCCAAAAGAGCUGUAUGCACUUCAACGAUCAAAUUCAGCACCUUCCCUGAGUUGUCACUCGAUAAUCCAGAUGUCAGAAAAUAUUUGGAUCGAGUCGUUUCAGAGUAUCGAGAAGAAGACAAAUUUGGACACAAACUUGACAGAUGUAUAACAGACUUGGUGCGAAAGCGAAUAGCUGUAACUGAAAAUAUUGAGAGCGUGGAAGAACUGGCAAAGCAGGAUGAGGAAAUGAAGAAACUUGCAGUGGAAGAAGUAACCAAUUAUAAAGAAGAAUUGGUACAUCUCAACGAAAAAUUAUUAGAUUCCAUAGUAUCAAGUUUAUCUGGCGAUAAUUGGGACCACGUUAUAAUGGAAAUCACAGCAGGAGUUGGAGGAAAAGAGGCAAUGCUGUUCUCAAAAGAGCUUCUUGAUAUGUAUUUGUCAUAUUUGAACAAUUUAGGAUUUACUUAUGAAUUUGCAAAGACCGAUACUGGAGAUGUCUACAAUGCCAUUCGUCAUGCGAGCAUUCUCAUUUCUGGCAGAGGAGCAUUUCAGAAAUUACGGUACGAAGGUGGAGUACACAGAGUGCAACGAGUACCUGCAACUGAGAGCACUGGGCGCAUUCAUACGAGUACUGCCACUGUUGUGAUAUUACCUCAGCCUAGUGAAAUAGACAUUGUACUAAAAGAUAAAGACUUAAAAAUAGAGGUGAAGCAUGCCUCUGGAGCUGGGGGACAGUCCGUUAAUACAACGCACUCGGCAGUAAGGAUCGUUCACUUACCUACAGGCACGAUGGUAGAAUGUCAGGAGACUCGAUCGCAGUUGAAAAAUAAAGACAUUGCCCUCCUGAAGCUAAGGACCAUCCUUUACCAACGACAGCUCGAAGAACAAAUUGCUUCGACCAGUGAACUGCGAAAAAAGCAAAGAGGUCUAGGAAAUAGAAACGAAAGAAUAAGAACUUACAAUUAUAACCAAAACCGUGUAACGGACCACAGACUGACCAAUGGCACGAUCCAUAAUUUGAAAGGAUUUCUAGAGGGAGGCGAACUGUUCGAAGAGCUGCAGGAACAAUUGCAGCAUGAAUGGCAAAAAGAGAUCUUCUUCGAGAUUCUUAAGGAGAUGAAAGCAGGACGAUGAAGUUCAGGUCACGGGUUAAAGGAAAGCACCCAUUGAUUCUCACAUCUUUUAAUUACGUCCCAGUGCUGCUCACAAAUAGACUCGUAAUUGUAAAUAACAAUUCUUAAUAAAUACUGUACAUUAGUGUAGAGUCGACCCUUUGUUACGUUCUGCCUACGAGUAAUCACCUCGACGAGCAAUCGGCACGAAUGUCGUUACGUUAACUCAAUAACGUUUAAAUAUUCCGAGAUCGACGUCUCCUGUUAAUUUGUAAAACAUACAACAAGAUUUCGUGUAAUAGCCGCGUGUCCAAAGGCACACCGUUUUAUACCUUUACGUCGUAUCUUACAGUAAUUUACAAAAUUAAUGCUAAUAAACUCUAUAAGUAGUAAACCACAUAUAUUUUCGGAAUCGUCGUCUAUUAUCGGUUAAUGUACAAAGCGCGAGUAUGAACGUUUAGUUAUGGUUUAACGAGCGUGCCUCGUCGUAUGCACUCCUGCUCCGUUGAUUCGCCGAUUGCACCUACAUAACCUGUAUUGUUUUCGGUUUUUACACCUCAACGUCACCUCGAAAGUGUCGAGUUAUACUUAAAUCACAUAACGCGUCAUCAGUGACAUAAGCUCGCGACAUUCCCGUCCACGUACCGGUGCAGAUAAGAGCGAUUUACCGCUCCAAAAGACAUAUUUAACGUAUCACCGCUCUUUAAGAUCAGUUCUCUCGUCGCCGAUUGCACGGCUAACAGGACACUUGCGAUCUCGAUGUACUGUCGAUACAAAACCACCAGGUAAUUAAAUUGAAGUAACAAU